AAAUUCUCACAACUCAGUCAGGCCCCCCCCCCCCAUUGUGUGUCUCUCUCUGUUUCGUUUCAAAAAAAAAAACCAAACCAAACAAAACAAACGCAACCAAAAAAAGCCCAUCGAUCUCUCUCAAUCUCUUUCUCAGAGAGACUUUUUCUUCGAUUUCCACUCUCCAAUUCUAUAUCACUCGCUCACUUCUAACACUUCCAUUUCCUACAGGGUUUGAGAUUUGGGUUUGGAGAUGGAGAAUUCGGAAGUGAAAAGUGUAGAUUCUUCACAAUGCGUCCGAGUCGCGGUUAAUGUCAGGCCUUUGAUUACGUCCGAGCUUCUACUUGGCUGUACAGAUUGCAUUUCAGUGGUACCUGGUGAACCUCAGGUGCAAAUUGGUUCGCAUUCGUUCACCUUCGAUUACGUUUAUGGUAGUACUGGCUCGCCCUGUUAUGCAUUAUUCGAUGAUUGUGUUUCUCCUCUUGUUGAUGCACUCUUCCAUGGUUAUAAUGCCACUGUUCUUGCAUAUGGCCAGACGGGGUCGGGGAAGACGUACACCAUGGGGACUAACUAUUCAGGGGAGGGAAGUAAUGUAGGAGUCAUACCUAAAGUAAUGGAAAGCAUAUUCAAAAGGGUUGAAGUGACGAAAGAUUCGACAGAAUUUUUGAUUAGAGUCUCAUUUAUUGAGAUAUUCAAGGAAGAAGUGUUUGAUUUACUAGAUCCAAAUUCGCCCGUCUUCUCUAAAGUUGAAGGGGCAGCUCUAGUAAAGCAUGCAGGGCCUGCAAGGGUUCCCAUACAAAUUAGAGAGACGGUGAAUGGAGGAAUAACACUCGCCGGAGUCACCGAGGCAGAAGUUAGGACAAAAGAAGAGAUGGCAACAUAUCUAUCUCGUGGUUCCCACGCUCGUGCCACUGGGAGUACUAAUAUGAAUAGCCAAUCAAGUCGCUCACAUGCUAUCUUUACAAUUACUAUGGAGCAAAAGAAAGUUGCUCACUUCGUAGCCGGAGUAACAAAUGAAGACAUCGGUGAUGACAUAUUAUGUGCAAAACUGCAUUUAGUGGAUCUUGCUGGUUCUGAACGUGCAAAACGAACGGGUGCAGAUGGCAUGCGUUUUAAAGAAGGAAUUCAUAUCAAUAAGGGUUUAUUGGCACUUGGCAAUGUGAUAAGUGCCUUGGGAGAUGAAAAGAAGAGGAAAGAAGGAGGUCACGUUCCAUAUCGUGACAGCAAGUUAACACGCUUGUUACAGGAUUCUCUUGGAGGAAACAGCAAAACGGUUAUGAUUGCUUGUGUAAGUCCUGCCGACACAAAUGCUGAGGAAACCCUGAACACAUUGAAGUAUGCAAAUCGUGCUCGCAACAUUCAGAACAAGGCAGUUAUCAAUCGUGAUCCAAUGGCAGCCCAAAUGCAAAGAAUGCGGAGCCAAAUUGAGCAAUUGCAGACUGAACUUCUAUUUUAUCAAGGUGGAAUGAAUGCACCAUUUGAAGAACUCCAGAUUCUCAAACACAAAAUAUCUUUACUUGAAGCAAGCAAUGCAGAGUUACACAGGGAGCUUCAAGAACGUAAAGUUACCUUUGAGCAUUUAACACAACGUGCUCUUGAUGCUCAGGUUGAAAAAGACAAGUUGGUCAUGAAAAUUGAAUUAGCUCGAAAUGGUAAAUCUUGGGAUGAGAUCGAUUCUAGUUCAAAUCAGGAUUUUGACGUGUUGAAAAAUUAUGCCUCAAAAAUUCAAGAGUUAGAAGGAGAAUUAUUGCAUCUGAAAAACUUGAAUAGCUCAAAACGCAGUCGAUUUGUUGAAUGUGCUGACUUAGAUGAUGAUGGGCUCCACUCAAAGAACGAAUUAUUUCCAUGUACUAACGAGUUUUCAUCUGAUUAUGACAUAAAAGCCAUGAAUAUUCCAGAUGAGACUGUAGAUGAAGAAAAGGAGCUAGAACAUUCCUCUCUCCAAGAAAAAUUAGAUAUGGAGCUCAAAGAAUUGGACAAAAAACUUGAACAGAAAGAGGCUGAAAUGAAGCGGUUUGGAAGUGUUGAUACUUCGGUUCUUAAAAAUCAUUAUGAGAAGAAAGUUCAGGAAUUAGAACAUGAGAAGAAAUCAUUGCAGAGAGAGAUUGAGGAACUGAGACACAAUCUUGCAAAUAUUUCAUCUACUUCUGAUGAUGGUGCUCAAAAGUUGAAGGAAGUAUAUCUUCAAAAGUUAAAUGCCUUGGAGGCACAGGUUUCAGAGUUGAAGAAGAAACAGGAUGCUCAAGCUCAACUUUUGAGACAAAAACAAAAGAGUGAUGAGGCAGCAAGACGAUUACAAGAUGAGAUUCACAGAAUAAAGACUCAAAAGGUUCAACUGCAACAUAAGAUUAAGCAAGAGUCUGAGCAGUUUAGGUUAUGGAAGGCAUCACGAGAAAAAGAAGUUCUCCAGCUUAAGAAAGAGGGGAGAAGGAAUGAGUAUGAGAUGCAUAAGCUAUUAGCCUUGAAUCAGAGACAAAAAAUGGUUUUGCAACGAAAAACAGAAGAAGCUUCUAUGGCUACAAAAAGGCUAAAAGAUGUUUUAGAAUCUCGAAAGGCUUCCUCUCGAGAAACUUCUGGUGCUGGAAAUGGCACUGGUCCUGGAAUUCAGGCUUUGAUGCAGGCAAUUGAGCAUGAGCUUGAAGUUACUGUGCGGGUACAUGAAGUACGUGCUGAGUAUGAGCGUCAAAUGGAAGAGAGGGCAACGAUGGCCAAGGAGGUUGCAAGAUUGAAAGAAGAAGCAGACUUGCUCAGGCAAUCAAAAUUAAGUGACUGCCCUGAUGCAAUAUCUCCUGGUGCAAGAAAUUCAAGGAUCUUUGCACUUGAAAACAUGCUUGCAACUUCAUCUAGCACCUUGGUUUCGAUGGCGUCACAGUUGUCAGAAGCAGAAGAGCGUGAGCGGGGUUUUAGUGGCCGGGGUCGUUGGAACCAAGUCCGGUCCCUUGCUGACGCAAAAAAUAUAAUGAAUUAUUUGUUCAAUUUAGCAUCCUCCUCCAGGUGCAUGGUACGAGAUAAAGAAGUUGCCUAUAGAGAGAAGGACUCAGAAAUAAGAGAUUUGAAGGAAAAGAUUGUGAGACUCAGUAGUUAUGUCAGGCAGUUGGAGAUGCAAAAAGCAGAACUUAUACAUCAAGUGAAGUCACAGAAUUCAGCCUUGAAAAUGAGAAUGGCAAUGGAUGGGGACCUGAACAAUGGAGGGCAUAAGUAUGACUUGCGCAAGCAGGGCUACCGGAGCUCCUUCAUAUUGGAAGACAUGGAUACAUCUGAAUCAGAACAUUCAGAUAUUGAAAGAAAUAACGACGAUGAUGAUUGGGUGGUAGAGUCAGUGGUAGAGUCAGAAGAAGAAGAAGAAAAACCUAUUAAGAAAAGGAUUUCUAGAACAAGUGUAGCAUCCAAUACAUUAGAUACCAAAGAUUCAGGAGGCUUGAAAUUAGACACUUCAGGUGGGGGAAUUGUUGCUGUAUCAGGUGUUUGCUGCUCUUGUAGUAAAUUCUCUUCUUGCAAAACUAUGAAAUGCCAAUGCCGAGCUUCUGGAGGUAGUUGUGGGACUUUGUGUGGUUGUUUGCCUAGUAAGUGUGCCAACAAAGGAACUGUUUUGAAGGACUUGGGUGGCUCACCAGAGUCAGAGAGUGUUGAAGGGAACGGGAGUGGCUCAGGUUCUGACGAAACUGAGAAGAGUCACAGUCUUGCUUCUCAGGGAGCAUUGUUACUACAAAGUGCAUUGGUUGAGAAGCCUGUUGAGGAAAAUGAUGAUAACGGACCUAGAAGGAAGGCUCUUGCUGACAUUGGAAACAAAUUGGCCAAGCCAAAUGCACCAAAGCCUAUUCAGAGAAAGAAAUGGCGGAAAUCUACUAUUGUGCUUGUUUCUGAUCCUCCUCCACCUUCCUCACAGCCAGAAAACACUGAUGUCCCUCAGAAGCCCGAAAGUAACAGUGCUAGCGAGGUAGCAGAUAUUCCUUUGAAGUUACCGAGGGCUAUGCGUUUGGCAGCAUCCAAUAGUAGCAACCCAUUAAGAGAUAGGAAUGUCAGUCAAUUGGAUGAAUCAGUUGUGAAUAAGGAGUCUGUAAUUCUUCCUCCAACAAGUCCUGUCCAGCAUAGAAGAAAAAAGCCAGAAGAAAAAGAGAACAACAAUGGCCUUUGAGCUAAUAUUUCUCCUUUGUCCCUGAUUGGUGAUAUUUGUACCAACAAUGUGACAUGUACUGCUAUCAUGUUUCCAUGAAUGAAGCUUUUUUCAGAUUCGUUGAACAGACAUGAUAUCAAACACCUGAUCUUUUGCUGUGGCUAUCGCUCUAAGCCUUUGUGCAGUAUUCAAUUGUGUAGGGAAAUGUAGUACGAGUUUUAAUACAUGAGUUUUUAUUUUUUA